AUGAAUCCACUAACUAAACGUCGAAAACUACAAUCAAGCAAACCUGGUAAAGUCCUAUCUAAGAAAAAUAUAGACAUUUUAAGAUUCCCGAAUGAAAUCAUUAUUCAAAUCUUCUCAUUCUUAAGUGUAUCGGAAUGCCUAAUUGUUCGAGAAAUAACAACAAACGGUACUAUUUUAGCUAAAUUAAUCGAUACCAGUAUUUAUGAUAGGGUUAUUGUAUACAGAAAUCAAACCAGCCGCUCUUUUUUAAAAAACCGGUAUUAUAAGAAGCCAUAUGAAGUAGUCGAUGAAGGAAGGCUUUAUGAAUUAAUUUCGAAUAGUAACAUUAUACAUGAGCAUAUAAAGCCUCAUAGGUUUGUCCUAUCUUUUACAGCCAACCCUCAUAAUCAGAAUCGAAGAGAAGAAGAGGCAUUCAUGAAUGUUUUUGGUAAUUCAUUUCUGAAAUAUGGUGAUUAUUUUAGGCGAGCUAUAAAAUUUGAGUUGUAUAUGGAUCUCGGUAACAGAGAUCCACCAAAAAAAGAAAAGCUAGAGAUCCAAUUUCUUCAAAGAUUAUUAGGUUCUGGGGAUUUACAACAUAAUUUGUCAACGCUAAACAUAGUAAAGGGGCAAAACUAUGUCAAUACAGAGAAAAACGAAAUACUUGAUUUAUUGCACAAUACCUUAUCCUCAUUUAGAAACUUAGAUGCUCUUUUUCUAAGUACAAACAACUUGCAAAAUAUAGAAGGUCUAAACUAUCCUGACAGCCUUAGAUCGUUGGACUUGAUUUGUAAUAUGAUAGUACAAUUACCUAAGGAUACAUUGUGGUUGCCACCAAACUUAAAAUACAUAAAUUUAUCGUGUAAUGAAAUUACUUCAUUAGAAGGUGUUGUAUUUCCUGAUACGAUUGAAUACAUAGAUAUUCAACUUAACACAAUUACAAGCUUAUCAAAUGUAAAAUUUCCUCGAAAUUUAAAGACCUUAAUAGCUUGCGGAAAUGAAAUAUUAAUUGAAGAAAAUAUAGUAAUAGACUUACCUUCAUGUUUGGAAGUACUAAAUUUGCUUCAAAACCCGUUCAAAAAUGAUCUAAGUUCUUUUAGAAUUCCCAAUUCGAUAAGAAAGAUAUAUUUUGACGCACAUUUAAAAGAAGUUAAUUCUUUUCACGAAAACAAUCAUAUCGUUGUCUACUAUUGA